UUCACAGCAGCAGCAGCGGGACGGAGGCACCUCAGUUUCUGAAGCCGUGGCAUGAAUGAUCUCAUCUGAGCCCUGUCUCCGCUUUCUCUGCCGUCGAUCCUAUGACGGGAACACGGGAAUAAAAUAACAGAAACACGAGCAGAGAGACAACAUGUUCCUGAAGGGCACCAAGCGCAAGUUCUCCGACCCUGGAGAGGAGCCGGUUUCCAGUGGUGACCAGGGCCCUGCGUCUUCGUCUGCUCCGUCUCGGACGCUGUUGUCCUCCUACAGCCUGCAGCGGCAGUCGCUGCUCGACAUGUCGCUGAUCAAGCUGCAGCUGUGCCACAUGCUGGUGGAGCCGAACCUGUGCCGCUCUGUGCUCAUAGCCAACACGGUGCGGCAGAUCCAGGAGGAGAUGACCCAGGACGGCACCUGGCAGAUGAUGACUCAGGCCCUGGCAGCCGCCCAGUGCCCCGCUGACCGCCUGGUGGCGACUGAAGUACUAUGCAGACAGACUGAUGCAGCGACUCAGGCCGGGCAGAGCCCAAAGCCCGUCUCCGUGGUGGGUUUGGAAGAGGGGUACCACUCGGAGGAGGUGGUGAUGGAAAGCGAUGUGGAGACUGAGGCCAUCAUGUCCACGUUGUCCCCUGUCUCACCACAGCUGUCCUCGGCCUCUUACUUGGCCGGUCCAUUUGGUAUGGGACCCUGCUGGGAGGAAGAAGAGGAAGAUGGUGACUGCGAGGAAGACGAAGAGGAGGACAGCGAGGAGUGUGUGUCAGAGGGGGAGGAAGGGGACGAGGACCAUCUGAGCGCAGACUCCAGAACAGGGGACAAGGUUUUUGGGACUUUUGAGAUCAAGCACCCGGUGCCGCCCCCUGACCCUGGACUCGAGGAGCUGUUUUCAGACGUGGACCCGUCCUACUAUGACCUGGACACGGUGCUGACUGGCACCCCCAAAAUGGGGCCUUACGAUUUGCUGGAGAGCCUGUCCUCUCACGGGUCAACAGCCCUGAGCUCCAGCUCGAGCUGCAGGUCUGACCUGAACGAACUGGACCACAUCAUGGAGAUCAUCGUGGGGUCGUGAGACUGAGACCACAUCCCACAGACUUGUAUCCCAAACUAUGCACAGAACACGUGCAUGUUUCUGGUAUUGUUACACACAGAUUGUUGGGGGGGUUUGAUAGCAAGUGGGGAAAAAACAAGUUAAUUUUCCUUAUCAGUCGAGCUUUUAUUACCGUAAACAUCCAGUGAGCGAAGCAGUCGACUUUUACCUUGAUAAUAAAACCCCAAUCUUUAUUAUGUCUGAUAAAAAUUUUCUUUUCCAUGAUGCAUUCUUAAUUUGCGUAUUUUCCAUGUUUGUCUUUGAAACAUCCUGUCUUAAGCCCAUUCCUGCCAUUAAGGUUUAUUUACUGUUACGAGCUUCAUCACACUACAGACACCAGAAUCCAGAACAAAUUGUAAAUCCAAAUCUAUUAACCAAUGCAUAUUUUCUUAGGGUGUGAGCAAAUAUAAAUGAUAUAUAUGUAUAUGUACAUAUAUGUAAAUAGAAAAUAUUUUUUGCAUUAUACAGUUAGGGGAUUUUUUGCAGGCAUUGUUUAUUAUUUUUCCCUCUCGAGCGGUUUUUAAAUUUUUAAUGUAGCCAGACUUUUGCGAACGGUGUCUUCCCGGUUGGCUGUGAAAAGGUGUCAGGACCGGCGUCGUGACGCCCGAUUA